AAGUCUACCGUUUUGCCGAUGUUGGUUCUGAAACUGGAUGGGAUCAUCUCUUGUCCGUCGCUAACAUGAAUCUUGGACUGCCGUUGAAACCUGGCUGUGACGAAACACACCAGGUACCCCUGAGACUGACAGUGAAAGAAGAGGACAUAAAAGAAGAGGAAUACGGACAUAUGAUUACAUGGCAAGAUGAAGAAGAAAAGCCCAUUGCAGAUCUUCACUGUAAAACGGAAUCAGACUUCACAGAGUCACUAAGCUCCACUUAUAAUGAAAUACUACAGACAACAGUGGAGGUUAAAGUGAAGAAAGAGGAGGAUAAGCAACAACACAACGAUUGUCCUCUGGAAAGUGCAUCAGAACAUCCAGAUGGAACACAACAUAAGAUCCAUGGACAGAAUGAUGAACUCAACCAGCAACUCAAUAGAAGGCCGUACCACUGCACAGUCUGCACGAAGAGUUUCAUGGUCCUGAGAGAACUCAAGGAACACCAGGAAACACACACUCUUAGUGUUAAUCUAAAGCAGAACACUGGUGAGAAGCCUCAUAAAUGUACCCAGUGUGGAAAAGCAUUUUCACGCGUUUCACAUCUUGAAAUCCACAUGCGAAUACACACUGGAGAGAAGCCUCAUAAAUGUGCCCAGUGUGAAAAAGCCUUUGCAACCUCCUCACAACUUAACCUCCAUAUGCCAAUACACACUGGAGAGAAGCCUCAUAAAUGUGCCCAGUGUGGAAAAGCAUUUUCACAGAUUUCAAAUCUUAAAAAACAUAUGCUAGUACACACUGGAGAGAAGCCUCAUACAUGUACAGAGUGUGGGAAAACAUUUGCACAACUUAAUAACCUCAACAGACAUAUGUUAAUACACACUGGACAGAAGCUUCAUGUAUGUGCCCAGUGUGGAAAAGCAUUUUCACACAUUUCAGGUCUUAAAAUCCACAUGCGAAUACACACUGGAGAGAAGCCUCAUAAAUGUACAGAGUGUGGGAAAACAUUUGCACAACUUAAUAACCUCAACAGACAUAUGUUAAUACACACUGGACAGAAGCUUCAUGUAUGUGCCCAGUGUGGAAAAGCAUUUUCACACAUUUCAAGUCUUAAAAUCCACAUGCGAAUACACACUGGAGAGAAGCCUCAUAAAUGUACAGAGUGUGGGAAAACAUUUGCACAACUUAAUAACCUCAACAGACAUAUGUUAAUACACACUGGAGAGAAGCCUCCUAAAUGUGCACAGUGUGGAAAAGCAUUUUCACAGAUUUCAAGUCUUAAAACCCACAUGUUAAUACACACUGGAGAAAAGCCUCAUAAAUGUGCCCAGUGUGGAAAAGCAUUUUCACAGAUUUCAAGUCUUAAAACCCAUAUGUUAAUACACACUGGAGUGAAACCUCAUAAAUGUGCCCAUUGUGGAAAAGCAUUUUCACAAGUUUCAGAUCUUAAAAUCCACAUGCGAAUACACACUGGAGAGAAGCCUCAUAAAUGUGCCCAGUGUGGAAAAGCAUUUUCACAGAUUUCAAGUCUUAAAACCCAUAUGUUAAUACACACUGGAGAGAAGCCUCAUAAAUGUACCCAGUGUGGAAAAGCAUUUCCACAGAUGGCAAGACUUAAAACCCACAUGUUAAUACACACUGGAGAAAAGCCUCAUAAAUGUGCCCAGUGUGGAAAAGCAUUUUCACAGAUUUCAAGUCUUAAAACCCACAUGUUAAUACACACUGGAGAAAAGCCUCAUAAAUGUGCCCAGUGUGGAAAAGCAUUUUCACAGAUUUCAAAUCUUAAAACCCAUAUGUUAAGACAUAUGCCAAUACACACUGGAAAGAAGCCUCAUAAAUGUGUGCAGUGUGAAAAAGCAUUUUCACAACUUUCAAUUCUUAAAGCCCAUAUGCUAACACACACUGGAGAGAAGCUUCAUGUAUGUGCCCACUGUGGAAAAGCCUUUACAACCUCCUCAAAUCUUAAAACCCAUAUAUUAAUACACACUGGAGAGAAGCAACAUAAACUUAAGAUCACACAGUAUAAGGCUUGAUCUUUCCCCUGUAUUCUCCCAUCGACUGAAUGGUAUAAAUGCCAACUCCUUCCUACUAUCAACACCCCAAUGAAGCUUUUGAGUGAUAUAACAAAGCGCACCGUUAUGUUUUUCUUUCAAGUAAAGAAGUCAUGUAUGUGCACAGUUUGGGAAAGCACAUGCUAACAAAUCAACUCUUAGUGAUCAUUAAUGAACAGACAUUGGAGACAAAUCAUAUCAACAUUUGCUGUGUGGAAAUCUAAUUAAAAAAAAACUUUUUAAUAGGAUGUAUGUUAGAAAUUCAAUUAUUUGUAUUGUUUAUUUCUUGUUUUUUUUGUUUUUUGCCUAUUGUCAUUACUCUGUGGAAUUGUCAUGUAAAUUGUCAUUAAUCUGUGGAAUUGUCAUUGCUGAUGUCAAAUUGAAUUGUUACUAAAUGAGUGAUGAAACACA